AUGUCAUCAAACAGACAGAGAAUUGUUACCUCAAGGGCCCCACUACUCCCACAACAAACUACUCCAGAACAACGUUAUUGGAGACAGUAUUCAUCAGCUCAACUUGUCAAAGAGCAUAAUAGUGUUACACAUAUUGCUUUUAAUCCAAAGAGUCCCUUUGAUUUUGCAGUGACAUCUUCUACUAGAGUUCAAAUUUUCUCUUCGAGGACAAGACAAGUGGUAAAGACAUUCUCUAGAUUUAAGGACGUUGUAUAUUCGGCAAGUUACAGACAAGAUGGUAAGUUAUUAGUUGCUGGUGAUGCAACAGGUUUAGUUUCUGUUUACGAUUCUUAUAAUCCAAGAUCUAUUUUAUUAUCUAUCAAUGCAUCCACACAUCCAACACAUGUUACAAAAUUUCAUCCUCAAGAUAGUAAAUCCUUAGUCACAGCGAGUGAUGAUAGAGUCACAAGAGUUUGGGAUAUCUCUCAUGCGUAUGAACCUACAUUAGAAUUAACAGGUGCCUCUGAUUAUAUUCGUAGUGUUUGUUUUGUCCCAUCUGCUCCACAUUUAAUUGCUACAGGUUCUUAUGACGGGUUAGUUAGAUUAUAUGAUACACGUAAAGAAGGAAACACUCCAAUAUAUUCAUUGAACCACGAUCAACCAAUUGAAGAUAUAAUUUCUAUUUCCCCAACCCAAUUAGCAUCAUGUGGUGGCUCAAACUUCAAGAUUUGGGAUUUAACUAGCAAUAAAAAAUUAUACGAAAGAGGUAAUUUCAAUAAGACCGUUACAUGUUUGGAUUAUGUUGAGAACUUUGACUCACCAAUGCAAUCAGCAAUUAUCGCUUCUUCCUUAGAUGGUCAUAUCAAGGUGUUUGACCCAUUUGACAAUUUCAAGGUUAAGUUUGGUUGGAAAUUUUCAAGUGCUGUUUUAAGCUGUGCCGUCUCCCCAAGUGAUGCAACUGGUAAUAGAAAUUUAGUUGCAGGUAUGUCCUCUGGUCUUCUUGCUAUCAGAACAAAAAAGAAAGAAAAGAAAUCGGUUGUUCGUAAUGACACUUUGGAGACAGUUACAGGGAAACAAUCAAAGAGUAAUAAUUUCCAAAGAAUGAUGCGUGGUUCUGAAUAUGAAGGUGAUCAAGAACAUAUUAUUCACAACGAUAGAGUCAGACAACAACGUCGUAUUCGUGUGUUUGAAAGAUAUAUAAACCAAUUUAAAUGGAGUGAAGCAUUAGAUAGUGCAUUUGUACCAGGUAUGGCUAAAGAACUAACAUUAACUGUAUUACAAGAACUUCGUAAGCGUGGUAAGAUUCGUGUUGCAUUGUAUAAUAGAGAUGAAUCCACUUUAGAGCCAUUGCUAAAUUGGUGCUUGAAAGGUAUCGAAGAUGUCAGAUCUGCUAUUAUUGUAGCUGACUGGAUUGCUGUCGUACUAGAACUAUAUGGUAACACUUUAGAAAGUAGUCCUGUACUAAGAGGUAUGAUAAUAGAUUUGAGAAAUAAGGUAAGGGAAGAAGUUUACAAGGCAAAAGAAGCUCAAAAAAUUGAAGGUAUGUUACAACUGUUAAGUAGUUGA